CUCGCGAGAGUGUCCGAGGGGGCCGACGCCGGUGUAUCUACCUCUGCUUCGCGCCCCGCCCCCGCCUCCGCCGCUGCCUCCGCCUCCUCCUCUAUCUCCCGCCGUCUCUGCAGCCCCUCCCCGGCCCCGGGAGCGGCCGCGGAGCCGCCACCCAGACCCUGUCGCACGGGAGGCGGGAUCCGCACGAAAUAAAUCAUAAUGAGUUAUGCAGAAAAGCCCGAUGAGAUAACCAAAGAGGAAUGGAUGGAAAAGCUUAAUAACUUACAUGUCCAGCGGGCAGACAUGAACCGACUCAUCAUGAACUACCUAGUCACAGAGGGCUUUAAGGAAGCAGCAGAGAAAUUUCGGAUGGAGUCUGGGAUCGAACCAAGUGUGGACCUAGAAACACUUGAUGAACGAAUCAAGAUUCGGGAGAUGAUUCUGAAGGGUCAGAUCCAGGAGGCCAUCGCCUUGAUAAACAGCCUCCACCCAGAGCUCCUAGACACAAACCGGUAUCUUUACUUCCACCUUCAGCAACAACACUUGAUUGAGCUUAUCCGUCAGCGUGAGACAGAAGCAGCAUUGGAGUUUGCCCAGACGCAACUGGCAGAGCAGGGUGAGGAAAGCAGAGAAUGCCUCACAGAAAUGGAGCGUACAUUGGCCUUGCUGGCCUUCGAUAGCCCUGAGGAGUCGCCUUUCGGAGACCUCCUCCACAUGAUGCAGAGGCAAAAGGUGUGGAGUGAAGUUAACCAGGCUGUUCUGGAUUAUGAGAAUCGAGAGUCCACACCCAAGCUGGCAAAAUUACUGAAACUGCUACUUUGGGCUCAGAAUGAGCUAGACCAGAAGAAAGUAAAAUAUCCCAAAAUGACAGACCUCAGCAAAGGUGUGAUUGAGGAGCCCAAGUAGAGGCUGUGCAUGGACCCAGCACUGUCAGUAGGCACAGGACUCUCUCUCCUCGGCUGUGACUGGCAGAUUGUCACCGCAGUAGAGAACCUUUACCCCUGUACUUUUCUUUGGCCCCCAUUGUUUAAAAGGGGAAAAUGGCCUUUUUAAACACUGGCAAACCCAUGAUGGAAGACUCCACCUCUGCCGUGCCCUGUAUCCUGAGGGAUGCGCACACUGCAGUUGACUAUCCCCGUGCUUCCGGAUGGCUGGUUCCAGAAGAUGUGGUUUGCCACGGUGUGCUGCACUGCUAGGGAGUGUCAUCUCAGCUGAAGGCCUCGCCUCACACAGGACAGCACAUGAGAGCACUGAUGGGCUUUUGCUACCUGCUACGUGCAGGCAGGCAGGAUUUUACCUUCCUAGGUCUCACCAGACUUCAUGGUUUUCCUUACCCCUUCUUUUCUUUUCUUUUCUUCCUCCUUUUGUUCCUUCAUAGGAAAGAAUAUAUAAAUUUGUAAAUCUUAAUUCAAAGAUAACUUUUGUGUGGGUAUUGAGUUUGGUUUGGUUCUUUGCCUUUUGGUGUGGGCUGUGUAGCUUUGGGGAGGGGAUGUGAGUGUGAGGGGUGAGGCUGUGGGGUUUUUUUCUUUUUUAAUUUUUUAAAAUAUAUUUUUGGUGCUGUA